UUCAUAUCUUAUUAUUAAGUUGUAUAUUAGUGAUUACUACUUUAGAUCAAUAUAGUGCAUUAUAUUCCAAGAAUUUGCAAGAAUCUCAUCAGGCAUAUUUUCAGUACACUCUAUAGGGGACUUCUCUCAAACGCAACGACGUGGUCAAAAUACGUCAUAUUCAAUCCAAGGCCAGUACCAUUACAGUAGCAAUGUUGCAUAUAGUAGCGGUAUGGGGUAGUUUUUAUGGUCAGAACUGUAGCAGACAAGAGUACAGCAUCGAUUCCAAAUUGUAGCAAGCUGUACAUCGGUUGAUAACCUGAGAGGAAUUGUCAAAUAUAGCUACUUUGUAGACUGUAUUGAAAUUGAAACCAAGCGUAAUUAGGAAGAAAGCAACCUAGCGUUAAAUGGAAGCGUGUCAAGUUAAGCAUUUCUUUUACAAUGAACAAGAUUUUAUUCACCAUGUCGUACGAUCUAAAGAAUGUGACAGACUAACGGAACUAUCCAUAUUUGAUAACACUUUACGAUCCGGGUGGACCAAGAAAAUGCAGCAGGGACUAUUCCGCUAUACUCUCGCCGAUUUACGUACACGGAUUCUUCCCGGGUCGUAUGGCUUUGUUGCUCAGCUUAACAUUCUGCGAGGGCAGGAAAGACGGAAACCUCAGCGAAUAUUAAGCAUUCGGCAACAAUUUGACGCAAAACAAUUCAACUUCAAUAAGAUAAACCCAGAAGAAAUAAUAUUUGAGAUGAAGAAGCGGUGUGUAGACACUGAAUUCAAAGGUAGUGCGUUGUGUUCUUAUCAAAAUGGAGCAACAGGUGGACUCGGCAGAAUGUUUGUUGUGAUCAACGUAAGUCCUCUGGAAUUUGCCCAUUGUUUGUUCAUCCCGGAACCGACGCUGUGCCUUCAGCAGAUCCUGACUCCUUCUGCCAUCCAGAUUGGAAUUGAGUCCGUGUUUCUGUCUUCCGAUCCGGGAUUUCGAGUGGGGUUCAAUAGUUUGGGUGCUUUUGCCUCGAUUAACCAUUUACAUCUCCACGGGUAUUACUUAGACCGCGAGCUGCGGAUAGAAUCCGCAUCAACCGAAACCGCAGUUCCUGAGAAAGGCUUACAUCGUCUUACUGACUUCCCUACGGGAUUUCUGUUUUACACUGAAGGAGAAAAUUUGCAAGCAAUUGUUGGUGUGAUCUGUCAACUUACCGACUUCUUAGUGGAAAGAAAUAUCGCACACAACUUGUUUCUCACACGGGGAUGCCCACCAGGAAAAUGUCAUCGACCUAUGCUUACCCGUUCGGGUGUACGUAUCAUCAUAUGGCCAAGGACACCCUGCUUUGGAGCCAAAGAAGAGAGCGCGUUCAACGUGGCUCUCUGUGAGCUAGCGGGCCAUUUGGUUAUUAAGAGCAGGGAGGACUUUGAAAACAUCACUGAAAAUGAAGUGAAAUGCAUCAUUCAGAAAUACCUUCUUUCCGAGGAUGAUUUUUCUCAGUUGCAGUCAGAACUCUGUAAAUAUUUACUAAUGCACCCUUAAUGUAUAAUGAUUACGUUGUUGAAAUAAAAUGCCUUGAUUUGGGGAUAACAGGUAACACUCCAAGAAUAGACCGCUUGAAUGUAACCCACACACUGUCACUGGUCGCCUUGUAUGAUUCCGUCAACUGUUAAGAUUGGGUUGUGUUGGAUGACCGCUUUGAAAGCUAGUUAUUCAACCAUCCUUGGUGCUGGUGCAACGCAUUGUUUCAUUGCAUUUGUAUUGCGAAAGUAUUUUCCAUUUGAUUUCCUUCAAUACACCAGUCAUUUAAUUGAAAUUUUUAUCUUAGCAUCACAUUGCAAUGAGUUUUUGUGAUACUUGUUUAACUGAAAUUUAGUCAACAGACACAGGGGACCGCACUCAACAGUGUGUACCAAGCAAACAGUUGAACACUUGAGGCGGAAGUACAUAAAAUUUCACCACUCACUUGUGCGGCAUAUUCAAAUUUAGCCGUUGAACAGUUUUACAGUUGUGCACAAAAUUAGGCAUAUAUGAGCUUUGGGGUACUAUUUAUCAAAUGCAUUAGGCCUUUGUAUGUAAGACAUUCAUUUGCAGCCUUAUUUAAAAUGCUAUGAAAUAUUAAGAUUUUCUUGACGUGGCGGACGUGCAUUCAUGGCCAG